CGUUAUCGCGGAGCAUUAUCAACACCGAAUUCAUCGAGAUGCUGCUCCACGGUAUCCGGUGAGCUGUACGACUGACUUUUAUAGUUAAUUAUUGUAAUUUUUGUGAAAUAUACCUUCUUAAACUACUUAUAAUAGUUUGUGUUUCAAAUUAACUUCAAGACAGGAGGAAACUUGGUGUAAAGUUCUCGAUGCCGAGCUACGAGUUGUGCAUGCUUUUCAAAGCAUUGCCAAGGACCGAAAUAGUAGGAUGUUUGAAACGUACGGCUAGUAAAAUUUUCGAGGCUGGCGGUUUUAUUCGACGCAUUGACAACUUAGGUACAGCAGAUACGCCGUGGAGAAUUAGUUCGCACGAAGCGAUACACAAAGAAGCUAACUACUUUAUCCUCGAGUUUGAUGUACCUACACAAGCUCUGAAACCGCUUAAUAAUUACUUGACUAGAGACAUUGAUAUCAUAAAGCGAACAAUAUUCCGAGUGCCUGGCAACGAUCCUCAACCGGCUUGCACUCUCCACGAAGAGCUCAAACCCCCAGCAUAUAGGUCUGAGGUGAAAGAAAUGAUUGCUAUCGGUAGGCGAAAACGCGAAAGAGAAGCUAAGAAAAAAGUGCAAUUCAAUACCAGCAUAGAUUUUAUGCCUUUCCAAAGAUGAAUGGGCUUAAUCGAUGAAUAUAUUAUAAUGUAAAUAAUAAUGUUAACUUAGUAAUAUGUUAGUUAUUGUGUAACGUCAUGUAAGUGAAAUAAAAAUAAAACAUUUUGUGAGUA